UUAGCUUUCCGCGUUAGCGCUACAGCAGAGGUUAUUGCUUAGUGGGAGCAUUGGGAACGAUUAUGAAGAGAACAUCAACCAGUCCAGUGUGUGCUGCUAAGAGGACAAAGAUCACGGACUUCUUCCACAAGAAAGUUGUUGUUAGAAGUGUAUCCAAUGACACUCCAGUUUUGUCUGUUAAUACAGGUAAGAAGACCAAUUUCAAGGAACAGUUUGCACAGAAGUUGAAUGAUGAGCAGAAAGAACUGUUACAACUUGAGAUCAACACACUCGAAGACUCAUGGUUCGAGGCCCUGCACAAGGAAUUGACCAAACCGUACUUCCUGAACUUGAAGAGAUUCUUGAAGCAGCAGAGAUCAGCCAACAAGAUCUUCCCGCCUAUGGAGGAUGUCUACUCAUGGUCAAGAUUGACUCCAUUGUCAAAGGUUAAGGUCAUAAUACUUGGACAGGACCCAUACCAUAACGAUAACCAAGCCCAUGGUCUGGCGUUCUCAGUCAAACCACCAACAGUUCCCCCACCGAGCUUGAAAAAUAUCUACAAGGCUUUGAAGAUGGACUAUCCACAGUUUGAAGUGCCGUUGAAAAGUGGUGAUUUAACGCUAUGGGCCGAACAAGGUGUUCUACUAUUAAAUGCAUGUCUUACAGUGCGUGCACAUGAGGCCAAUAGCCAUUCAGGUAAAGGCUGGGAGCAGUUCACAGAGGAGGUCUUGAAAGUUGCACUAAAUACAGGCGAGUCAAAAGUUUUGAUGCUAUGGGGAACUCCAGCACAGAAUAGGGUUAAAACGAUGAAUUUGAAGAAUCAUUAUGCAUUGAGAUCUGUGCAUCCAAGUCCUCUUAGUGCUCGACGUGGGUUCUUUGAUGGUCACCAUUUCAAAAAGUGUAACGAUUGGCUAAUAGAGCAGGGAAGAAGUCCAGUACGUUGGGAGCUGAUGAAAGGAAACGUUAUAAACUACAAAAAUCAAUCGUAAAGUAAUAUUUAGUGUGUCAUCUCAAAUCUAUACUUUUCAACAUCCAUGAGUCUUUGUCUCAGUUUGAUAUUUGUAUCUUGUC